UUUGUUGUUGUUGUCCACUUGUCAUUGUCGAGUUCCAAUCUUUAAAGAAUUGCAUUUUAGUUGUUUAUUUCUAAACAUGUAAAGUUAUGUGUACAGAAAAAUGACAAAUUUAUGCAAGUUAAAAAAAAACUAUUUCUAGUGUAAGAAAAAAAAAAGAUUACUAAAUAAACAUGUCCAUAAAUAAAAGCACCUGUGACGUUCUGCUGUCUGUCGUUGACGACAUUGAGUUGAUAGCCAAAGAACUGAUUGAAAAUAUAAUUGCUCAAAAACAUAUGAAGCUCUCCACAUCGGAGCAUACAAAUCUCAUUGAACUUUUGAUUAGAAAAGACAAUGAAUUGAAAUCAAUUCUAGUGAAAGCCGACGAACAGGCCAAGAUCAACCUGAAAAUGGAAGCUCUAAAGGCUGAAGUGGAUCGUCAAGACCAAGAGAUACAACAGCUACAGAGGCAGCUCAAAGAGGCCGAACAAAUCCUGGCCACGGCUAUUUAUCAAGCAAAACAAAAACUACAGUCCAUUGCUAGAGCGAAUAAACGGCCCGUGCCCUCCGAAGAGUUGAUCAAGUAUGCCCACAGAAUAAGUGCUUCCAAUGCAAUUUGCGCUCCUCUCACUUGGCAGCAAGGAGAUCCUAGGCGACCUUAUCCUACCGACAUUGAGAUGAGACUCGGUUGUCUCGGUCGCUUGAGUGAUUUGCCUCUGAAUGGUCAGAUCGUUGGACCACAUUCGAGUAUCUCCUCCGACUUGCACAGAGCCGGCCAUCCUACGGAACCGUUAACUGCAGCUUCCCAAUUCGCCUGGCAUCCGUCGGGUGAAAUACACAUGUCUGUCACUGGUCAAGGAACUGUUCCUAUUAAUACUCAUAAACAAGAAACCGAAGACGUCGAGGUGAUGUCCACCGACUCCUCCAGCAGCUCGUCAAGUGAUUCCCAAUAAAUUAGCUUUAGGACUCUCACAGAGAUCUCUUUUUAUUUAUAUUUUACAUGUCUACAAU